AUGAACUUCUUCAACCGUCAAAAAACGAGAUCACCGGCGGAGACUGUGAAGUAUCUGAAGGAGAACAUUUUGCGUCUAGAUCAAUCAGCUGUAGGUGAAGGAAGGAAAAGGAUCAACGAAGAAAUCUCUCGUCUCCUGUCAUCGACUAAGACUUCACUUUCAGGUGAAGGAGACUCAGAUCCUUCUCCAGAUGUCAUAGCGCAAGUGGCCAAUGAAGUGUAUGCUCAGGAUUUGUUGAGUUUGAUGGUUAUCCACUUGGGAAAGUUUGACUUUGAGGCUCGUAAAGAUGUCUGUCAUAUAUACAACACUCUCCUCCGUCGUCAGCUGGGUACCAGAUCACCUACUGUCGAUACUAUAGCCACUAGACCUGAUAUAAUCUUCAAUGCACUGAAAGGUUACACCAAUGCCGAUACCGCAUUAAACACUGGUAUGAUCCUGAAAGAGAUGUUACGAUACGAACCAUUGGCGAGGAUCUUGCUCUAUUCUGAACAGUUCUACACAUUCCCAAAUUAUAUCGAAAACACGACAUUCGGGAUUUCAACUGAUGCGUUUGGAUGUAUGAAAGAAACGCUGACACGCCACAAGCUAAUGGUGGCGCAAUAUCUUGACGCUAAUUAUGACCGUUUUUUCAACAUGUAUACCACUCUCAUCCUAUCCUCUAACUACGUCACGAAACGACAAUCUCUGAAACUGCUUGGCGAGAUCCUGUUGGACCGAGCAAAUUACUCCAUUAUGACCCGAUAUAUCUCUUCGGAAGCGAAUUUGAAGAUGAUGAUGAAUUUCUUGAGGGACAAGAGUAGGAACAUUCAAUUUGAAGCUUUCCACGUCUUUAAAGUCUUCGUGGCCAAUCCCAAUAAACCUGCUCAGAUCGCCACCAUUUUGAGGAGGAACAAGGACAAGUUGUUGGUUUUCUUGAAGGAGUUCCACAAUGAUAAAGAUGAUGAACAAUUUAAUGACGAGAAGCAAUUCCUAAUCGCUCAGAUCCAGCAACUAUGA